CUUCCUUGCAUUGUUGCUCAAGAAUCCUUUGUAAUUUUUUACAGGGAUGCCAUCGCUUGAGAGGAAGGAGAGCUGGUUCAUCUCUAUACCUUGAUGUACAUAUUGUGGUUGAUCCUUUUCUUAGUGUUAGUGCUGCUCAUGAAAUCGGUGAAAAUGUUCGCCAGGAAAUUCACAACUCCCAUCCAGGAAUAGCUGAAGUUUUUAUACACAUAGAUCCCGCAUAUUUAUGUAUUUCUCCUACUACGAUGGAUCAAGAAGAAAAUUUAAAUGGAAAAGGGAAUCAGAAUAAAAAGAUUUCUUUGGAUGACAAAGACAUUGAAUUGAUUGUUUCUGGCGUUUUCUCAUCAAAGAUCCCGGAGAAAAUAGAGGUUGAGCGUAUAACCCGCCACCUGAUGCAAGGCAAUAUAUUACUCCAAAUUGAAAUUUCCAUGCGCCCUAGCAUCUUGAUUAGGGACGCCAUGGAACUGGCAGGAGAAGCAGAAAAGGAAAUCUUAAAGGCAUCCUCUAGUAUCAUUCAAGUUGGUUUUCUGCUAAGAUUAGGGAGUCCCAUCCCCAAGUUUGUCAAUGAAUAGUUGGGAUGCCUCAGGGACGGAAGCUCAUCCACUGAUCUGCAUGUUUGUAUUUUAGAACAGUGCAUUUGUUGGAUUUUGUAUACAUAGUCCCUAACCCUGAAAGCGGAAUUGUCUAAUUGCUUAUGAGAGGUACCAUACAAAGACCGCUAGGAGUAACCCCAUAACAUUCUAUAAAAUAAAACAGCAGGAUGGAAUUGCAUAUCAUUGGAAGCCAUGAUAUCUGAAGAAACCCUUGUUAAAAAAAAUAAAAAUUCACGCCUUUCUCGCUUUG